UAUAACCUGGUAAUGGUAUACGCGAGCUUCAACUGAGAUUACGCAGUGAUGGGGAAAAGACACCAACUAAAUUGGACGGCAGUACAGUCCUGUCGUCGCACCAGAUAAUAAUACAGCAAGAGUUACUCUUUCACUGAGCAGCCCCACCUUGCCGCAAGUUCAUGUCCGCGACUAUUGGAGGCCAUGGCUAGGCUUAGGAGAUAAAUCCGCCGGCAGUUGGUUUCUCGCAAGACGCAGUAGGCGGCUUUCCUCUAGUUCUCUGCAUUCUGUUUAUCUGCCGACUGCUGCAUUCAAGGCUUUCGGUCGUUUUCAUCCAACCCAAACCGGCUGUGUGUUCAGCGCCGUGUCUUUUCGAGGAGCGGGCCCGGGAACUAAUCCCUUCAGAAGGACCCUCUUGAAUAGCCUGUCAGUAAUAUUUUUUUUUUUCUACUUCCCAUAUCCUCUCUCACAAACUGAUGGAUUUGUUCCUCAGUUCGGUUCAGCGAAUAGCGGUGGCCGGUUGUUAAAGUGUUGACUUUUGGUGAUGCGGGGUGGAUCAGAACGCGCUUGUGAAAAUAAUGUCUAGAGAUUGACUGACGAUCUGCCGUCCCCUCAUUAAGCCCGUACCACCAGCGUGUCCCAUGACGGCAAUCCGACAAGAUGUCACGCGGGUCCCGCCACGUCCACUACGACGAUGACAUCCACCUCAAGAAGCACAAGGGCAGCCACCACCGGCGACAGCGACGGCGACGCCGCGUGGGCCGGCGCGCCAAGAUCUACGGCGCGGCAUUCUUACUGGCACUGACCGGAUUCUUCUGCCUGGUGCCCGGCACUAGUCUGACAGUGGUGGCCUUCACGCACGGUACCAACGCCAAGGAGAGCAUCUUGAAACUCCUUGGGCCCGUCUUCGGCGGGGUGGGAGUCAUCCUAGUCGGUAUAAGCAUCGGGCUGGUCUGCUACGCCAUGCUGUACAAACGCAAACUCCGGAAGGGUAAGGACGGGCAGCAGCGGGACGCCGAAGACAGUGGGUACCAGGGAAGCCUGAAAAGGGACGGGGACAAGUUAGCGGCCGAAGUACGCCUCCUGGACGCCGAUUCGGACGACACUGGUGCCGUCAAAGUCAAGCACACUUUGGUGCCAAACCACCACCAUCAUCAGGGGAACCACCGCGGUAUAGGGUUCCCUAUAGACGGGACCGACGUCCCCGCAUCUACGGUCAUUGUGGACAUCAUUCACCCACCUCCGUCAGUAAAGGUCAGCGUGAUCGGGCAGGGGGAGUCGGUGGCUAACCCGGGGCCAUCGCAGACCUCAAAAGAAAGUUUUCAGAUAAUGGAAAUGGAAGCAAACCCUCAAUUAGAUUUCAAUGCUAAUGGCGGACAAUGCAAAACGACUUUAAUGGAACUUUGAAGGAACUCCGUUUGGAAGCGAUGGGCGGUUUUGAUCGUCGUUUGGAAGCCAAGAUGGAAAGUUUGAAACUACUUUCUUUUGCUGUUGAAUUGUAUGCAUUCGUCAUUCAAGAAGUGUGAUUUUUUUAGUCGUGCCACCAAAUGACUAUACAUUCAGUAGUUGAUGAAAAGUUGGCAAAGUGAGUAUAAAAUUGAUCUAUUGAUCGGCACUGACGAGGUAAAAUGCUGCCAGUUCUUAUUACGUUAAGAACUCCAAAUGAUUUAUCCCCAACGUAGCUGGUAGUCGCUAUGAACUGGUGUUCAUAUACUGGAAUAAUAUCGUCGCAUACUUGACAACGAUUCAGUCAAACGUUUCUUCAUUGUAACCUCGUCCGCAGUGUUUUCCACAUCUCGUCGGUUCUCAAAGGAAUACAGCAGGAGGCAUCUGAAAGUCCUGGGUUCGAGGUUAACUUCGCUGGUUUCAUCUAAUUUGGAUUCAAACAUGCAACGAUAGCAUAUCACAAGGAACGCUGCGGAGGAAACCAGUGUUUAUUGUCACGGCUGAGUGACCAAUAAUAUUCAAGACCAACGUGGCAUGUUUCACUCGUACCCACCUAUCUCGGUACAGGCUGCUGACUCGAAGCAUAUCGUCUUGGGAAGAAAAUGCCUUCGACAGCCAAUGACGGCGCCGGUCUGAUCAUCAUGCACAAUUUUGACCAAUGGGAGCGCCACAAAAUUGACGUGUACCAGCUGCCUUAGCUGCCUUGGUGCAGGGAUCAGCAAACUGGAGCCCCAAACCGUGGUAUUUAUACCAACCAUGCAGUUCACUAUUUUGAUCGAAGCGUAUUUCAGCCAUAAUAUCUCUUUCGAGAUAAUGAUGACUGCGGUGAACAAAGAGUAAAAGCACGCCAUUAAGGUUUAUAUACAGGAUUGCAAAAAUAUCUUUCACUGUAUGAAUUUAUUGUAUAUAAUAUCCACGAAAAUUGAAGUGGGAUGAAAUUAUUAUAUUUUAAGCAUGAAAUUAAUGCACAAUUGCACAUAAUAAUAAUUGGUGUAAAUAAAAAAAAAAUCAAGUGAGGUAUUAGGACAGAUAGGGGCUUAUUUCCCAACUUCCCCAUCCCCACUCAAUAAAAGAAGUAUCGUUGCAGAUUAAGAUUAAGAUAGGUAGUUCAAAUCAGGACGCAGGAACAUUCCUUUAUAUAGCAUUAGAUAUAACACAUUUAGAUAUCGCACAACUUUUUACCAUCGUAGUUCUCUGUAAAAAAAAAAAAAAGCGCUGUAUCCCUGUGGAUCACACAGGCUUACUGCAAAUCUCUCUAUGAGCCGUCUUUAAGAUGUCGGAAGGAGCAUUUUCGGCCACAUUAGGCCGCUUAAAUAGUCGCUUCGGGUUGCAAUUAACCGUUCGCGUAUGAAGCGUGCAACAUGUCCCUAGGUGAAUUUGGGAGAAAAGCAAGCGCUGAGAUGCGGCUGCCCCUAGGUGAAGUCCAUCGCUACAUGACGAAGAUUUCAACUCGAUAUUCUGAAUGGAAUAGACAGUACGGUGCCACAUGAGAUGGAUACAUGUGUUUGAAGGUGGUGUUGGUUUUUUUGCUAAACAAUCGUUAGGUCAGAGCACUUCUUGGUCUUUCCACUUUUUCACCCACACAAACAUCAUACCAUGUACCGUGGUGCCUCUGUAUAAUACAAGAAUAUGUUGUAAAUGUGUGACAAAGUACGUCGGUUAUCGGUUUAUCGGAUGCCGUUGACUAGAGGGAGCGAUGGUAAUCGAUGUUUACUCGGGUUAAUGGUUAACCAUAAUGUGUGUGUUGAUAGUUAUAUACCGUGGAUCCGCAUUCAAUCAAGCGUCCAUCGCUGAUCGGAAUCACUUCACGGCAUCCGGGCGAAAGUAAUUAUCGUUUAGGCUUGACGUAUAAUUGAAUUUCCUUUCUUUCAAUCUCAACUUGAAUAUUUUAAUUAUUUUAAAUGCCUUUAAUCAUAACUGAAUUAAAGUCCAUUAGAUUUUAAUCGGGGCGAUUUGUUUUCGCAUACAGUAUUACGUGAUCACAUUCUGAAUUUUGUGUGCGUUUCUCAUUCCACAGUCAUGGGCGUCGCCAGGAUGUUUUUCUAGAGGGGGGCAAAACAUAUUUUUCCCAAAAAAUUCCUGUAUUU